CCCGUCACGUGACAAAUAUACUGAUUGAAUCGAGCUUGGACUAUCCGGCAAUUUCGCAAUAACAGUGACAGAAAUACAUUUUACAUCGGUCUGGGUGUGGCCCUGCAGCCAACAUGUCCUUCCCCCCGCACCUCAAUCGGCCCCAGAUCGGCAUCCCCCCCCUGCCCCCCGGGAUCCCCCCGCCCCAGUUCGCUGGGUUCCCCCCAGCGGUGCCUCCAGUGACUCCCAUGAUACCGGUCCACAUGGGCAUCAUGACACCCAGUCCAGCAUUGAGAUCUCCUCUGAUGGUCAAGCAGGUUCUGGUGCCCACCUCGGUGCCCGUGGUCAGUAAGCCCCCCAUGAAGAAGGACCCUCUGCUGCCCCUGCCGCGCCCCAAAGAGCCCCCCGAGGAGGCCGGGGGCCCCACUACCACCGUCUUCGUGGGCAACAUCUCCGAGAGGGCCUCCGACAUGCUCAUCAGACAACUGCUCUCCAAAUGUGGCCUGGUCCUGAGCUGGAAACGAGUGCAAGGAGCUUCAGGAAAACUGCAGGCGUUUGGCUUCUGUGAGUAUAAGGAGCCGGAGUCGACUCUGCGUGCGCUGCGUCUGCUGCAUGACCUCCAGAUCGGGGACAAGAAGCUGCUGGUGAAGGUGGACGCCAAAACUAAGAGCCAACUGGACGACUGGAAGGCCAAGAAGAAGAGCACCAACGGGACGGGUAAGAGUGGAGGAGACGAUGAGGAGGAGGUGCUGGACGAUGAGACGAAGCGUCGUGACGGGGUGGUGCGGGAGGCCAUCGACGGGCUGAUCCGGGAGUACGCCAAAGACCUCAUGGCCCCCUCUGGAGACGAAGACUCACAGCGACGCAAGAAGAAGAAGGAGAAGAAGGAGGAGGAGGACAUCAACACUAUCGACAUCGAGGAGGAGAAGAGAGACCUGAUCUCCCGGGAGAUCAACAAGUUCCGCGACACGCACAAGAAACUGGAGGAGGAGAAAGGCAAACGGGAGAAGGAGCGAGCGGAGCUGGAGCGCGAGAGGAGAGAGCGCGAGAAGGAGAGAGAGCGGGAACGCGAGCGCUGGGAACGAGAGAGAGAGAAGGAGCGCGAGAGGGAACGGGAGAGGGAGAGGGAGAGAGAGCGCGAGCGAGAGAGGGAGCGCGACAGAGAGCGGGACCGCGACCGAGACAGAGACCGCGACCGCGACCGGGGGGAUCGUGAACGGGAGCGCGAGAGGGAACGAGACUGGGACAAGGAGAGGAGCAGAGACCGCAGCGUCGACCGCAGCAGAUCCAGAGAGCAGAGUCGUGACCGCGAGCGUGAGAAAAAGAGGGAUCAUGAAGAUGAGGAGGAGGCGUACGAGCGACGCAAGAUGGAGAGAAAACUGCGGGAGAAGGAAGCGGCAUACCAGGAGCGGCUGAAGAACUGGGAGAUUCGGGAGCGCAAGAAGGGCCGCGAUUACGCUAAGGAACUGGAGAGGGAAGAGGAACGCAGACGAGAAAUGGCUAAAGAAGGCAAACGGCUAAAGGAGUUCCUAGAGGACUACGAUGACGACCGAGACGACCCCAAAUAUUACAGGGGCAGCGCGCUGCAGAAGCGUCUGCGUGACCGUGAGAAGGAGAUGGAGCUUGACGAGCGAGACAGGAAGAGGGAGAGGGAGGAGCACGAGGAGAUCCGCCAGAGACUCCUGGCCGAGGGACACCCAGACCCCGACGCCGAGCUACGCAGGAUGGAGGAGGAGGCGGAGCGUCUUCGUCAGCCGCCCCCCAAGCUGGAGGUGGAGGAGCCGCCGGAGAGGGAGCGCGGAGGAGGUGAGCGGGAGCGCGGAGGAGGAGGAGGACGGGAACGCGAACGCGAGCGGGAACGCGACAGAGAGGGCCGCGGCGGACGGGAACGAGAGCGGGAGCGCGGUGGCGAGCGAGAACGCGUGGAUCGGGAGCGCGGUGGCGAGUCCCGCGGUGGCGAGUGGGAACGUGAACCUCGUCACGAGCGCCACAGAGGAGCAGGACCAGGUGACGGCCCCGCCCCCAUCUCCGAUGACGACAUCGAGGAAGGGGAGGAGCCUGAUGAUGAUGACGAUGAUGACAUCACGGAGGGUGGCGACGGCUCCAAGCCGUGCCUGAAGCCCACCAUGCGGCCGCUCAACGCCGCACCCUCCAUCUCCUCCGGGAGCGGGGGAGCCACGCCCCUCACGCCAGGCGACGAAUCACCGUGCGGCAUCAUCAUCCCACACGAGAACUCGCCACACGAAGCCCCGCCCCACCAGGAGGAGCACCGACCCAAGAUCGGCCUCAGCCUCAAACUAGGUGCGACAGGCAGCCCCAGCCAGCCCAACGUGCCCAAGCGUAAGAAGCUCACGACGGACAGCGUCUUUAACCGCUUCGACGACGAGGAGGCGGACGACGGCCCCAAGAAGAGGAAGCUGGUGCCGCUCGACUACGACGACGACAAGAGCCAGCAGGGCAUCGACGACGCCGUGGGCAUCGGCACGGGCACCAAGGGAGCCAACACGGAGGAGAAGCGCAAGCACAUCAAGAGCCUCAUCGAGAAGAUCCCCACCGGGAAACCGGAGCUGUUCAACUACCCACUCGACUGGAGCAUCGUAGACACGUCUCUGAUGGACAGGCGUAUUCGGCCGUGGAUCAACAAGAAAAUCAUCGAGUACAUCGGGGAGGAGGAGGCCACGCUCGUCGACUUUGUGUGUUCCAAGGUGAUGGCACACAGCACACCACAAGGCAUCCUGGACGACGUUGCCAUGGUGCUGGAUGAGGAGGCGGAGGUGUUUGUAGUGAAGAUGUGGCGAUUGUUGAUCUACGAAACGGAGGCCAAGAAGAUUGGACUCGUCAAAUAACACCCAACACCCCAAAAAACAACAACAAAAAAUCACCUGUUUCAGCUCCACCACUUCUUGUGGUCUCCCCCAAGCCAAGCCACUCUAGUCAACACAUGAUCAGAACAGGAAACGACAAAAAAACAUGAACUGCCUACAGAAGCCUCCACCUUCCAAACGAAAGGGAACUCUGUGCUGUGAAGGCCUCUCUGUGUUGUGUGUUUGGGGUCUGUGUGGUCAGUGGCUCUCCGCUCCCCAAAACUCACCACCGUGACACACCCCACCCGCCCCUCCUGAACCCCGCCAUCAUCUUCCUGUUCUCAACUCGGACCAACAGUUCUGUACGCGUUUAUUUAAAAGGUUGUGCGUGUGUCGUCAGUGAACCAUUGGACUGUUGAUUACACACUCAGUUGCAACUGCUCAUAUGAUUUUUUUAAUAAGCACUGAAACCCCUAAAAAAAUAAUUUUGGGGAGAAUCUGAAUUGGCAAUUAUAAUUCCCAUAUUGCGUUUCGUUUUUUUUGGUUUUGUUUGUUUACCUCUUCAAAAUGCAUUACGUGACUCCAUGCUGGAGUAUUAAGUGCUGCAUGUGGCCAAACCAGACUACUGCAGAGAAUAACCCCCUCUGCCGUCAUCACCAGCCCACACCAAACCCCCAUGGAAGAAAGAAGCGCCCUUGACACAAAAGAAGCAGUGCUCAUUAUAUUUUUAAAAAUAAAAGAAAACACAUAAAAUCCGUUGUUUAAAGGCAAGACUACUGCUGAGAGACUAGCCCCCCUCUGCCUCAUACUGGAGUGAGAAGCGCCCAUGACACAAAAAAACAUACACACCGCUUUUCUUGCCAUAAUGGAAACGGGUUUCGUCUUAUUUUGUCUGGUCAAUGUAAUCAUAUUUUUUUCUUUUUUUUUUUAAAUGGAGAAGUGAUUUGAUUGACAGCUUUGUGAAUCUCUAAUGGUAGCUCCUCAACAUCUUAGUUCAGCUUUGGUUGCCGCCGUUGAUAUAGGUCUGGAGGUGUGGCAGCAGCAGGUGUACACGGAUGCCAUCAGUAGUCCCAGCCUACAGGCCUUUGAAGUCACGCUGAAAACAUCUUGAUUUGAAGAAGCCGUUUGAAUACUGUUGUCCUUUUGUUUUUGUACCUACUAAUGGAGAUGUUUUGAAUAAAAGACAUUUUUUUAAGAA